AUGUGCUAUGAAAAACCUUCUAAACGACGUGCUGAAGCGAUGGAAAACCUAUUUGAGAAAGAACCUAUGCCUUUGAACGAUAAAGUAUUCAGCCAUGAAGACCGCACCCAAGAUGUUCCAAGAGAAUCGGCUAACUCUUGUACCAAAAGAAAAGCAGAAGAAACAUCCCAUUUCGAGAAAAAACGCAAAGGACUCUUCACCGAAGAGGCUAUUCCAGAGGAGCUCACUCACAUGGGAAACAAUGUCUUUGUGGGACUCAGCAUUUACAAGGGAAAAGUGACUGUGCACAUCCGAGAGUAUGCCAAAUAUGGUAAAGCUUACUAUCCGACAAGACGUGGAGUGAACUUUGAGCCAUGGUGUUUGAAUGUUCUCGCAACCAACAUGACAGUGGAGGAACAAGACCUGCUGACACUAAAUCUGGAGUUGCCCAAGAACUUUGUGGUCACGUAUAAAGAUUCCCACUUCACUCUGAAACAACUUUCUGCUCAAGGAGAUGAAAAAAGUAGCCUCAGCAUUACAACUACGCAGUGGGAAGAACUGAUGACCAACUUUAGCCGUAUCAGUGACAUUGUCACCAACCUCGUUUAUCAAAACAUGAACUUUUGUGAAGCCUACGAAAGCGUAUCCGACGAACCUGUUAAGGAGGAAAAUCUACCCCAAUCCUUUGACAUUUCUAUGGGAAGAGCACGACCUCCAAACCAUUCUAAAGAUGUCGCUUGA